GAAAUGUCAAAAUAAAAAAAAAUUGUUUACCGUCGACCCCGUCGACUGAAUAUGUUUGGAAGAUUAUUUUGAGAAUUCAAAAAAAGAGGAAAAAUGCACGAUUUCAUUUUGAACAUCGACAACAAGGAGCUACUGAUUGAAAUACUACACCAUUCCGUUGACUAUCUGAUCGGUUCCAAGCCGAAUUCCACAACCAUCAAGUCCAGCCAUAAAUUCGGUUUCGCGAAUCCCGAUGACUUUGAAUUGUCCAUAAAAUUCAUUGCAAAUAUUUACAAAAAAUUUGUGCUCAACGAAGUCACCGAAACAGAAUUGAUUUUCCAUUUCACUCAUCUCAACCAUGACUUACAACAAUCCGUCAUCGAUGUGAUCAAAGUGCGAAAGCCGGAAGUCGAAGAGUUUCUUGUCUGUGAACACAAUUCCAGACACAACAGUCUGUUAUCGUCAUUCGAUUGGGAUGUGAAGUGGAUUAUGGGCAGUAGUACGAUGGCCAAUUUGAGGAUGCAAGUAGCUACGUUGAGUGUAAAUUGUCGAAUGAAAGAAGGCCAGACGGAAACGGUAUUCUUUGAAAUGAACAGAAAGAAGUUGAAUGAUUUGAUAAGGGUACUGGAGGAGUGUGAAAAGAAGUUGAAUAUGAUAAGCACUGAGAACAUGAAUAUAUAGUUUAGACGCAUAGCACGUAAGU